AUGAGAGCGUUCGGGUCCGUCGGUCCCGUCGGCUGUCACUCGGGGGCUCCGUCGGCUGUCACUCUCGGGGGGGCGUCCGUCGGGUGUCACUCGGGGGCUCCUUCGGGUCACUACUCGGGGGGGGCCUCCGUCGGGUGGUCACUCGGGGGCUCCUUCGGUGUCACUCGGGGGCUGCCGUCGGGUGUCACUCUCGGGGGCUUCCGUCGGCGUCACUCGGGAGGCUGUCGGGGCUUCGGCGUCCACUCGGGGCUCCGUUCGGGUGUCACUCGGGGGCUCCUUCGGGCUGUCACUCUGGGGGCUCGUCGGGUGUCACUCGGGGGGCUCCGUGGCUGUCACUCGGGGGGCUCCGUCGGUGUCACUUCGGGGGCUCCGUCGGUCGGCUGUCACCGGGGCUCCGUCGGGUGUUUCCUACUCGGGGGGUCUCCGUCGGGUGUCACUUCGGGGCUCACGUCGGGUGUCACUCGGUUUCGGGUGCUCCGUCGGGUCGGUGUCACUCGGAGGCUCCGUCGGGUGUUCACUCGGGGGCUCGGGGUGUCACUCGGGGGGCUCCGGUCGGGUGUCACUCGGGGGCUUCGGGUGUCACUCCUCGUCCGUCGGGUGUCACUCGGGGCUCCGUCGGGUGUCACUCGGUGGGCUGUCCGUCGGUGUCCGUCGGUGUCACUCGGGGGGCUCCACAGGCUGUCAUCGGGGGCUCCGUCGGUGUCACUCGGGGGCUCGUGGGUGUCACUGGGGGCUCCGGGGGUCGUCGGGUGUCAAUCGGGGGCUCCGUCGGGGUGUCACUCGGGGCCUCCGUCGGGUGUCUCGGGUGUCGUCGGCUGUCACUCGGGGGCUCCGCCCUCGGGUGUCACGUUGGGUCCGUCGGGUGUCACUCGGGUGGGGCCCGUGGGGCUCCGUCGGGUGUCGUCGGCUGGUCACUCGGGGCUCCGUCGGAUGUUCGUCGGCGAUUCACUCGGGGGCCCGUCGGCUGUCAUCGGUGGGGCUCCGUAG